AUGGCUGCAAACACUUCCACUAAUGCUCCUACGAUGAUGGGAUCGACCAUUAUCAAAUAUCAUACUGAAAAACUAGAGAAGUUCGAGGGAAAGAACUUCAAAAUAUGGCAACAUAAGAUGAUCUUCUACCUCACCACCUUGAAUCUUGCUCACAUCCUAGAGAAGGUAUGCCCAACUACUCCUUUAGAAGCAAUCGCUCCAGAAACUGAAGCUGCCAAGCAGGCGUGGUUGCAUUCAGACUUUCUAUAUCACAACUACAUUCUAAAUUGCCUUGAUGGCACCUUGAAUAACGUCUACUGCAAUGCCUUUGAUACUUCAAGGCAAUUGUGGGAUGAAUUAGACAAGAAGUAUAAGCUGGAGGAUACUGGUACUAAAAAAUUCCUUGUUGGAAAAUUCUUGGAUUAUAAAAUGGUUAAUACCAAGUUGGUAGUCAACCAGUUAGAAGAAUUGCAAAUUAUCACUAGUGAUUUGCAAAGUGAAGGAUUGGUCAUUAAUGAACUAUUCCAAGUUGCUGCUGUGAUUGAGAUAUUGCCUCAUGUUUGGAGAGAAUUCAAAUGUUAUCUCAAACACAAGCGUAAAAAGUUGUCCAUGGAGAAUCUUACUGUGAAACUCCGCAUUGAAGAAGACUAUAGAAAGGGGGAUAAAGAGCCAUAG